AUGGGUAAGAGAAUAAGUGCUUCUGAUAGGGAAGAAAUCAUCAAAUACCACAGAGAACAGGUAAAAAAUGAUCCCCAGCACAAGCAAUCAGAAACCAUAAGGCAUUUCUCCGAUAGAUUCAAAAUUGCCAAGUCAUCGUUAGUUAGGUGGCUAAACCAUGAUCAAGAAACUGAUAAUAACAAAGUCAAAGAAGAACCAACAACUUCAAUCCCUUCAACACCGAGGAGGUCUUCUCAAACAUUAAGUUCUCCAAGAAGAAUACCGAGAAAAAGAAAACUUUCCUCUUCAUCUUCCCAAAGACCACGUACUUCAGAAUCAACAACCCAUCAAGUUUCAAACCCUCAAUCUAAUGGUUCUCACCAUAAUUCACAAUCCACUGACGUGAAUAGCGUAAUAUUCAUACAGAUACUAUCCUCAAUUAUCCAAUUCUAUACUGAAUUGAGAAUCAUAGACGAAUUGACCUGUAUCAACGAAGGGUUUGUACGUGAAGUUACAGAUAAGAUUCAUCAAUUGUAUCCAGAUAUUGAAAUUCCAGAUGUUGGAUUUAUACUAUCACAAUUGAAUGACAUCAAAGCCAUUGACGAACUAAUUAAGAGCCAGUCUAAAGUGGAAAAUAGUUGUGAUAAAUUGUCCAAGGAAACUUAUAGAUUGUGGAAACUUUUUAAACCUUAUAAUGAUGCAAAUAUUUAUCAAUUCAGAGAUUUCACUCUCGAUAUAACUGACAUGAUUGAAUUGAUAAAUCCUGAUAUUAAUUUUAAAAGAUUGUUUGUUACCAUUGGAAUUGGUUUCAAUCUUACUGGUGAUAAUUUCUUGAAACCUUUAAUCAUCAACAAUUUUAUCCAAUCCACUGAUGAGAAUGAUUUAGUUUUCAAUACAACAGGUUUGAACUCAUAUUACAUAAUGAAUCAGUAUUUGACCAAAUUGAAUUCCAUAUUGAAUACUAAGAUCCUCUUAAUCCUUGAUAAGAAUUGUAGCAAUAUUUUAGUCAACAAGUUCACCAAUAUCGAAAUAAUGUAUAGUAAUCUUCCAAUGACACCCAUGGACUUUGGAUUAGAAAAUCUAUUCGUCAAGAACUUCCAAGUGAACAUUGUUCAACAAUUGAUCAAAAACUUCAAUCUUGCCAUUAUCCCCUCAAUAUUUCAUGUCACUUAUAAUGAUUUAGUGUUUAAAUUCUUGAACCAUUCCAAUUACCGUGAUUUCUUAAUGCAUUCAAUCAAUUUAUGUAUGAAUAAAGAAAUGAGGACCAAUUUCAAGAAAUAUGUCAGAGUAAAUUUAGUCAAGGGUUUAAAAUUACGUGAUAGAAUAUUUCUAUUAAAGAUCAAUGAAGAUUUAAUCAAAUCAAAACUAGAUAAAUUGGGUAGACCUAAAAUCUAUGAAGAAUUGGAAACAGUUUUAAUCCCCCAAUAUUCCCUUGACACUAUUAUCAAAUCGAAUUUUAUUGUUAAAAAUGAUUCAAGAUUGUCACAGAAUUUCAAGAGCCAAUAUAGUACAGAUUUGAAUUCGAAGAUAAAUCAAAUUUUGGAUUUUAGGAAUUUUUUGGUUUACAAUUCAAAUUCUGAAGAUACUUUAAGGUUUUUCGAUUUGUUUUAUAGUUCUUUGUCCAGUAAUCUUUUGAAUGUGAAAGAUGAAUUUGAAUAUUAUGAAGAAGAAAGUGAUGGUGAGGAUAUUAAAGAAGAAGAUUCCAGUAACAUUGGGAGAAAUGGUACCGAUACAGAGAGUGGAGACCAUGAUGACCAAAGCGAGUUCGAACGUUUUGAUGAAACUGAUCAUGAGCAAGCACAAAUGAGUGUGAUGGAAAUUCAGAAAAAUGGCGCUGAAGAGGAAGAUGAAGAAGAUGAAGUAUUCGAAGAUGCUAAUUCUGAUAAUGAAAUGCAUCAAUCCAUAUCUUCACAACAAGCACAAGAUCAAAUAUCACAAUUGAGUAGAACAUUGAACACUUCGAAACCUGAAUUCUCUGAUAUGUCAGACUCCGAAGAAGAGUCUGAAAUUUUCGAAUUAAAGAGACAAAAGGUCCAAUCACCUGAAAUGAAGCUGCUCAAAAAUUCAUUCAAGAUCAAUGUGACUAGUAGUUUGGUUGACAAGAGCAGUAGCAAUAGCUCUGUAAACAACACCCCAAGCCAGGUUUUGGCAGGUAUUAAUGACACAGUUGACUUGGAUAGGGCAAUACAGGUCCAAUCAUCCCCUGAUACUGGUAUGAGGGUCGAGUUGGAGCAAGAGAAUGAAGUGCAGCUGGAUGGCGAAGAAGCGCUCGAGGGGGAUAAACCAGAACAAGAACGAGAACAAGAGGAGGAGCAGAAAUCAGGCCAAGAUGACCUCGGUGCUCCAGAAGAAGGUGCUACAGGACAAAAAGUCCCAGAAGAUGAAGCUCCAGAACAAAGGUCUUUAGAACAGGGACCUCCAGACCAUGAAUUUCCAGAACAAGAAGCUCCAGAACAAGAAGCUCCAGAACAAGAAGCUCCAGAACAACAAGUUCCAGAACAAACUUCAGAACAAGAAGAGAUUACCGAUGCUCAGAUAGUGGUCGAAAAUGAGUCCUUACAAGAUACCAUGUCCAUAGAUAAAAAGUCACAAAUCACAGAAUCACAGGAUGUUGAAGUAAUUGCCACAGAGCAAAUUGUUCUCGAAACAUCUGAGAUGGAAUUUCAAUUACAAAAGAAAUUGUUGAAAGAACAGCACAAAAGAGAGAAAAGAGAACGUAGGCUCAUGAGGGAACAAAAAAGGAAAGAAAAACGUGAAAGGAGAGAAAGAAGAGAAAUGAAAAAACGAUUGAAGGAAGAUUCACCAUUUACGAAUUCUCAGCAGAUCGAGUUUAGUCAAUCCCAAUAUUUUGACUCAUCACAAUCUUUGCCUACCCAGACCAAGAGUUCAUCUCAGUCUCAGCUAGGUGUAACUCAAGAAAGUGCUAUCGAAAGAGAAUUAGAAAGAUUAGAGAAUAGAGAUGAAAGAUCAAGUUACUCUGAAAUGGAUUAUGAUGAUAAUGAAGAUAUGUAA